AUGAAGAGGUUUAAUGUCAGUCGAAUUAUCCAAGCAUAUCAAUAUUUCUCGAGCAAGGAUCGGGUGGGCAAGGUGGUUAUAUCUUUAGAGGCUCUGACGGCCCGUGUCUUGGUCGCUCCAGCUACAUAUGUCAGUGCGUUCAACGCUGAAAAGGGUGAUGUCUCCAAGGCUGCCGAUGUGACUGUCGCAGUUUUGACUCGCAUGGCUACUGGUCCUGGCCUUUUCUUGCUUACCUCGUCGGUCUCGGGAACUGCGGGUACGGCAACAGAGAGUAAUUACUGUUCGGCGAACGGCUUCCUCGACGCCUUUGCCUAUUGGCGCCGGUCACGCGGUUGGCCUUGCGUCUCGGUAGGGUUAGGCAUGAUCUCCGGGUUGGGCUACCUAGGUACACAGGAACCCCGAGAUAGAGGCUUUGCUGCUACGGAAGGGGAUCCAGCCGCUCAAUUGGGAGUUCCUCCAGAACUAGCCACCAUUCGAGGACUAAGCGCCCGUGGCUUCGAUGUAACUAGCUACAGUGUGCUGGUCACGGCCCGCACUUGUGUCUUGUUGGCUUCGUUGUUGGCUGAGGAGGGGGCCGCGUCAACAGCUCAACAAGGUGGGCGCGCUGCUGUGAUGGUGGCAGCAGCUUGGUUCAAGGACGUGCCUGUGACUAUAUCGGCUACUCUUGCGCCUGAGGCCGACGCUAACACCAUACGCGAAGUUAUUUUACGCAUGGUCAAGAAGCUAUUCUCUAACCUUAUCCUGAUGCCUUCCAACCAGAUCGGGGGAGACAGGUUGUUGCUUGGGUUUGGCGUUGACAGCAUGAUCACGUUUGAGUUCCGCUCUUGGUUUUGGUUUGCGUUCUGA